AUGAGGGACCUCCUUUCGAUGCUAAACUACAAUGGUUGGGAUACCUCCCAGGAUGCCGGUCAUCCAGCGCCCCUCGUCGAACAAAAGUUCGAAGAAUCUCGCGUCCAGGUCGGCUUCCUGUCGCAGGACCAUCCUCUUCCCGCAGGGAGAACUCGAGACGGACAAUACGAGGAUGGAACUGUUGGCUGGGCCUGGCGUGACAGGAACAAUUCGGGCGUUGGCCCAAGAUACGUCACCCUUGCAAACGGGAAGUCUCCAAGGAGCAUCCGCGCGGAUAUCCUGGUCCACUUUGACACCAUGGAGUAUGACCGCAUCAGAAUUUACAACUCCUGUCUCGCCGUCUUCCACGUCCGCUGCAUUAUCAAAAAGUGGGCGAACAGAGGAUCAACUACCUACCCCCGCAUCGACGACGAGGAUCGUCCUCGCAACUUUGCAACUGCGCGGCUUGCUAUUCCGGUUUCCCUUGAGAGCCAGCUCCAACUUGGGGCUUCACAGGAUGCGCAUGAGCGCAUGGCAACCAUCCCUAUCGACGAUAAAGUCCCGAAAGCUCCUCCCCGUCCCACUAUCUACGAAACCGGGGUCCAGGUGGAGACAUGGAAAGAAAGCACAGAAGCCAUGGCACCAAAGGGGAAAAAGCGCAAAGCCAACGACGACUUGAGCCAGACAGCAAAGCGUCUACACCAAGACGAUUCAGGGAAGUCAAGUGCAACUCGAACCCAGGCGGCAGAUACUAGCAACGAAGCCAUUCUCACUGUAUCUGUUACACCCAAAUCAGGAAUGGUUUUCAGUUGGAAGACCUCAGCCGGACACAUAGCUGGCGGUGUCAUUAAGGUGGAACUUACCGAGUUCAGCACACUCUCAGAGACCAGCCGAGCGCAGGCAACUGAUCCAGGCCAUAAGGCCAUCCUGACUGUGUCGGUAACGGCCAAUUCAGGGCUUACUUUCAAGUGGAGGACGGAGACCGGGAACAUGAACGGCGGAAUCGAUAGAGUGCAGCUCAUCGAAUACCCAACAGCAUCUGACGCAAGAUUCGCUGCCAUUGAGGCACAUGAUCAGUUUUGGAGACACGCGGUGGCCAUUCAGAACAAGGUAUAUGUCAUCAGCCUGGCGCGGAAACGCAUCAAGCGUUUCGCAGCUACCAGUGGCAAAAAAACGAAGUACCUUUCAUCAGUAUCGACUUGCGGCCAACCAAAGUCUUAG